AUGGCAGAGGUCCGGGAAAGAUCGCUUUCUCCGGAGCGAAUAGCUUACCUGGCUCAAUCCCGGAUCCCCGAAAUCAUCUUUUGUAAUACAGCGCUCCUCGCUAUCGCGACCGCGGGGCUCCUAGUGCGUCUUUUCGUCCGUAUCCGAUAUCUCACAGGCAUCAAUCUUGAUGAUCUACUAUGUUUGACCAGUUGGUUCAACUCUUCAGUGACCAAAUAUGGGUUCGGCAAGCACAUUGGCACGGUACAAGAUUUCGGCGACAGGGCCAUGUUUCUCAAGCUCGACUUCGUCACUAUGCUCUCCUACGUCCUUGCCCUCGGCGCGAUCAAGAUCUCCUUCUGUCUGCUCUACCUACACAUAUUUCCGGGAAAGAAGUUUCGCAUGGCAUGCUGGUGGCUACUAGCCAUUCUAGUUGCCGAAACAAUUGAAGAGGUCCUUGUAGUGAUCUUUCAAUGUUGGCCCGUCCACAAGGCAUGGGAUGCCACCGGCCUCGUGGAAGGCAAGUGUGUGGAUAUGACGCUCUUUUAUUACGCCAAUUUUGGGAUUAAACUAGCCACGGACGUGGCUCUUUUCGCAAUGCCUAUUCCUAAGGUACUGCGACUGAAGAUGGAGGUAGGAAAGAGAGUGGGCUUGGUGAUGAUGUUCAGUCUGGGUCUCCUGUAUGUUGCCCUCCUUCGCGCAGGAAGUGCUAGAAGACCUAACCAAUAUGGAUACCAGUGGGUGUUGGUCGACGCAAUGAACUGGUCUUGCGUGGAAGUCGCAGUCGCCAUUUUUAUUGCGUGCAUUCCCUCCUUCAAAACAUUUAUCAGCUAUCGCUCCCCAACAUUACAGCGCCUACUCGGUUUCGCCAGCAAGGACGACUUCACCAGCCCGUCGAAAAUGUACGGCUCCUCCACCCGUCGGACGUACAAUGGAUUCUCGACUGUGGGACAGAGUAGCAUCAAGCUGAAACCGGUGACAGGACACAGCAGGGCUGAUGUGGAAGCCAGCCACAAUGGGUCCCAGGAACGUAUCAUACAUGCAGGCAUUCAAGUCACUACCGAUGUUAGCGUGAAAGAGACUGUCUGA